ACAAAAACCCCCCACACCCCCAAAGCUCCGCACAUGGAGGCCUCCGGUUAGGGUUGGUUCUCGGGCCCGGCCAUGGUGAUGCCGACGGCGGCCUCUGCGGCCGCGGCGGCGCUCCACCAGGCUGUCUCGACGCGGCGUCUGGGAGUCGGAAACGGCAAUGCGUCCGCCGCGGCGGGUGGAUUCCCGGCGAGCUGCCGGCGAGCGGCGGCUGCGGGGUUGGUGCGUGCCAGGGUGGCGGAGGCCGCGCCGGUGGCGGUCGAGGGCAGCAGGCAGGAGGCUCCCGCUGCGCCGAUGGUGGAGAUCCCCGUCACUUGCUAUCAGAUUCUAGGCGUUACAGAGAAGGCUGAGAAGGAUGAGAUUGUGAAGGCGGCAAUGGAUUUGAAAAUUGCUGGGAUAGAAGAUGGUUACACAGCUGAGGUUUCCACUUUCAGACAGGCUCUUCUGGUAGAUGUCAGAGAUAAACUUCUAUUUGAACAAGAUUACGCAGGAAGCAUAAAGGAAAAGGUUCCACCUAGAUCCUCUCUUCAUAUACCUUGGAGCUGGUUGCCUGCUGCUCUGUGUGUCCUGCAGGAGGUUGGAGAAGAAAAGCUUGUCUUGGAAAUCGGUCAGGCGGCUUUACGACGCUCUGAUUCUAAACCUUAUGUUCACGACAUACUUCUUGCAAUGGCAUUAGCAGAAUGCUCUAUAGCAAAAGCCUGCUUUGAGAAAAGUAAAGUUUCCCUUGGCUUUGAGGCUCUAGCACGUGCUCAAUACCUUUUGAGGAGAAAACCAUCUUUGGAGAAGAUGCCGCUUCUUGAACAGAUUGAAGAAUCACUUGAAGAGCUUGCACCUGCUUGCACUUUGGAGCUUUUAAGCUUGCCUCAGACACCUGAAAAUUCUGAACGCAGGCGAGGUGCUAUUGCAGCUCUCUGUGAAUUGCUUAGACAGGGCCUUGAUGUUGAAUCAUCUUGUAGAGUCCAUGACUGGCCUUGUUUCUUGGGUCAAGCAAUGAACAAAUUAUUAGCCACUGAAAUCGUGGAUCUACUUUCUUGGGACACUUUGGCUACAACUCGUAAAAAUAAACGAUCAUUGGAGUCACAGAGCCAGCGUGUGGUAGUUGACUUCAACUGCCUCUAUGUGGCAAUGCUUGCUCACCUUGCAUUUGGAUUUUCAACCCGCCAGACUGAAUUGAUCAAGAAAGCUAAAACUAUCUGCGAAUGUUUAGUUGCAUCUGAGAGCACAGACCUAAAGUUUGAGGAAUCCUUCUGCUCAUAUCUUCUUGGAGAGGAAACUGGCACCGCAGUUUUUGAAAAGCUUCAGCAGCUUCAGAGUAAUGGAAGUUCAAAUUCAAAGAAUUAUGGGUUAGAUAAAAAGAAAGACAGCAGUGACAAGGUUACUGUCAACCAAUCACUGGAACUGUGGCUGAAGGAUGUGGCGCUUUCUCGUUUUGCAGAUACAAAAGAUUGCCUGCCAUCUUUGGCCAACUUUUUUGGAGCUCCCAAACGCAUCCUUAAUACUUCCAAGCAGAAACUGGGAUCCCCAAGAUUAGUUCUUCUGAGCUCUCAGCCGUCUUCUAGCGUCUCAUCAUGCAACAGAACUUCAGGGGAGCAGACCCCAAGAUUGAGCCCUAACAGCCAUUUGGGGGAGGCUGUUAAGCAACUUGCACCUGCUAACUUGGGUCUCCAUUCAUCAACGGAUAAGCAAGUAAAUGGUUCAGGAACAACAUCUGUUCCCCUAAAGCGGAAUCCUGGAUCCCAUCCUCUCAGAACAUUGGAAUUAUGGGGGCGAACUGGAGAUGUUAUGGGAAAGCUUGCCUAUAGUGCACUCCUAGGCUUUGUUGUUUUUGGCACAUUAAAAUUGUUCAGAUUCCAGUUCGGGCACAUGAAAUAUGCCAACCCAAGUAGAGAAUCUGCAUCCACGUUGUCCUUGGAUGAAGCAUCUGCACCAGAAGGUUCUUUUAUCACCGGCAGUGUCAGGAAGCAUUUUGAAAAUUUGUCAAAAUUGCUUUGGCUGAGUGAUAGGGUUUAUCCAAAUGGUGAAGAAAGAGAUAAAUACGCAAUGCCUAAUGAUAUCACUGCUGUUCACAAGCAAAAGAUGGAUUUUCAAGAAGCAGAAGCACUUGUAAAACAGUGGCAAGACAUAAAAUCUGAAGCUCUUGGCCCAGACUAUCAAAUUGAAAUGCUCCCUGAGAUUCUCGAUGGUUCAAUGCUAUCUAAGUGGCAAGAUUUAGUCUUAUCGGCAAAGGACCAAUCCUGCUAUUGGAGAUUUGUAUUGUUAAAUCUUAGUGUUGUUCGAGCUGAGAUAAUCUUGGAUGAAGUUGGUGCUGGUGAAGCAGCGGAAAUUGAUGCCGUGCUUGAGGAAGCGGCUGAGCUUGUUGAUGACUCCAAGCCCAAGAAACCCAGUUAUUACAGCACAUACGAAGUUCAGUACAUAUUGAGGAGGCAGAAUGAUGGAUCAUGGAAAAUCUGCGAAGCUGCUGUCCAAGACUUGACGUGAUUUCUGCCAACAGGGCAAAAAGACUACAUAAUCGUCAGAUGAUAGGUCACAGGGUAGCACUGAUCUUAUCGAGUUCCAACAUGGUGAGCAAGAAACAUAAUGGAAAUCUGUAGUUGCACUUGCACUGUUAGGUUACCUUGGGAUCUUUUGAGUACCGUGCGAUAGUUAGCUUAGUUCCAUUAGGAUGCUCGAGUCUUGAGCUGCUCGUGGUGAGCUUCCGAGACUCGUCGCAUCAGGAUUUGACACAAUAGUUGCUGUAGUACAGAUGCUAACCACUGCUGAUACCACAUUCUUUGUUCCUUUUACCUCUACUCUAUGGUGUCAGCUCGUGUGAUUUAGUGUGAGUUUUACCCACGUGUAAUUGAUUUUGCGACCGCCAUUGUUCGAAGAACAAUGCAAUUUGCUGACUGGCUGUGAGGUGUUAACCUGUUACGUUUGUGUGACUGUAAGCCCCCAGCUUCCCCCAUUCAUCCUGGUUAGCUUCACAGCUCAAUAAAACAAACACUUUUUUUUUA